AUGGCUGCGGCGUUUCAGCACUUCGGCGCGUGGACAGCUCCCAUCUGCAAUCCCACUGCACUCCAUCCCUUCUGCACCCCACUCUCCACCGCCUCUGCGGUCCAUCUUCCUGCCACGCUGCCCAGCCUGCGCUCCCCAGCCAUCAGCACCCCAUCUCCACCAUCACCGUCAUCAUCUCCACCAUCACCGGCGCGUAAGCCAUGACCUCGGUUUUCAUUCUGGUUUGGAUGACCACCACCACAUAGGGUCUGAAUGUCCAGCUGUUUCCCAAGGACCGGAAGAAGGCUCUCUGCUUGUCUGUUUUGGGGGCAGUCUUGUAGGAGAACCAUUGAAUGGGCCACGGAAUCAGCGCGCUUUCCCGUGAAUGGGACCAGUUUCUGUUCUUCCCAAACCUCAGAGCUUAAGCACUUGGGAAGGAGACUUGGCCAAGAUGACGCACUUGCAGGCUGGGCUCAGUCCAGACACGAUAGAGAAAGCCCGCCUGGAACUGAAUGAGAACCCAGACGUUUUGCAUCAGGACAUUCAACAAGUCAGAGACAUGAUCAUCACCAGGCCGGACAUUGGGUUUUUACGUACAGAUGAUGCCUUCAUCCUGCGUUUUCUCCGAGCCAGGAAGUUUCACCAAGCCGAUGCCUUCAGACUCCUGGCCCAGUACUUUCAGUACCGCCAGCUAAACCUGGACAUGUUCAAAAACUUCAAGGCGGAUGAUCCUGGCAUUAAGAGGGCAUUGAUUGAUGGGUUCCCCGGAGUGCUGGAAAACCGUGACCACUAUGGCAGGAAGAUUCUCCUGCUGUUCGCUGCCAAUUGGGAUCAGAGUAGGAACUCCUUCACAGAUAUCCUUCGCGCCAUCCUGCUGUCUUUGGAAGUCCUUAUUGAAGAUCCUGAACUUCAGAUCAACGGUUUCAUUUUAAUUAUAGACUGGAGUAAUUUUUCCUUCAAACAAGCCUCCAAAUUGACGCCUUCUAUCCUUAAGCUGGCUAUUGAAGGGUUGCAGGACAGCUUUCCUGCCCGCUUUGGAGGAGUCCAUUUUGUCAACCAGCCCUGGUACAUCCACGCCCUGUACACACUCAUCAAGCCAUUCCUUAAAGACAAGACGAGAAAGCGGAUUUUCCUACAUGGAAACAAUUUAAACAGCCUUCACCAGCUAAUACACCCUGAAUUUCUGCCCUCUGAAUUUGGAGGAACCCUUCCUCCUUAUGACAUGGGGACUUGGGCCCGGACAUUACUUGGUCCUGACUACAGUGAUGAAAAUGACUAUACGCACACUUCCUAUAAUGCCAUGCACGUGAAACAUACAUGCUCCAACCUGGAGAGGGAGUGCUCACCCAAGCCCAUGAAAAGAUCUCAGUCUGUGGUAGAAGCUGGGACCCUGAAACAUGACGAGAAGGGAGAAAAUGAGAACACUCAGCCCCUGCUGGCUCUGGACUGAGCCACGUCGCGUGAUGCUCCCAUGCACAAGCCUCCAGUGGAGCAGCCGC